CAGCUCACAAAUCACAAUUUACAAAUCAUUUUGGACUUAUCAGACGCUAUCGAAUUAUUGUUUCGUGAUUUAGUUGUCCGUUCUCAAUACACACGAUAGUUGAUAGCAAUAAUUUAUAUCGCAUUUACCUUUCUACUUAAUAAGUUACUGCUUACAUCAUGGAUAAUAUCAAAAACGGCGAUAAUGUAUUGAUCGUAUGGAGUGACAGUGAACCUAAUGAAAUAAGCAAUCUAGUGAACAAAAUUCAAAGCGUAGCCAAUACGUCCGUGGUUCUUGAAAAUUCUAAUAUGAUCGCGGAAGCUUCUAGACCAUUAUCUUCGUUUGAUGUUAUACUAUCGAAUUGGAUGUUACCACACUCCGUUGACCACAAUGAUAGUCUACUUGCAAUAUUAAUUAAGCUUUUGAAACCCAGUGGAAAACUUAUUUUAAAAGACUCAAACGAUGUCUGUUCAAUUCUCAAGCUAAAUGGUUUUAUAAAUGUUACAAAAUGUAGUGAUAAUCAGUAUUUAGCAGAAAAACCUAAUUUUGAGGUUGGUUCAAAAGCAUCGCUCAAACUUAAUAAUAAACCAGCUGUGUGGAAAUUGGAUGAGACAAUAGAGGAAGCAUGGACAGGAAAGAAUGAUGAUGAAAUAAUUGAUUCCGAUAUGUUGCUUGAUGAAGACGACCUUAAGAGACCUGAUCAGCAAUCAUUAAGAGUAUGUUCAACAACCGGGAAAAGGAAGGCAUGUGCGGACUGCUCUUGUGGUUUAGCUGAGGAGUUACGAGGAGAGACUAAAGAUACACCUAAAUCCUCAUGUGGAAGUUGUUAUCUAGGAGACGCAUUCCGCUGUGCGACAUGUCCCUACCUGGGUAUGCCAGCCUUCAAACCCGGUGAAAAAGUAAUUUUGGAUCUGAAGUCGGAUAUAUGAAUAUCUUUAUAUAUGUAUUAACUGAUACGCUUGAUAUUUUAUGUUGUGAUUAUAUAAAUAAAUAUCUAAAAAAUCAUAA